UGAUUCAGUAGCUGUUAUUGAAACGCGUUGUUUUCUCAUGUUGUAUUUAUAUCGUGUGUUUUAUAACAGUGUUUUGUCAUUUAUCACUGUAUAUUUAUAUAUUUGAUUUGAACGGAAGUGAUGGAGUCAGCGGCCGCAGGUAAAGAUGUGAAUAAGAUGAGAAUUAGUCGAGCAGAAUACAAAUGUAUGAGCAGAUUUAUGGAGCAGCUCACACCUACACGACAGUGCAUGAAGAUACUGAAGGUCCAGUUCCCAAAUCUUUCUCCGUCCACUCUUCUGAGCAUCUUCUCCCAGGAGUACCAGAAGAGAAUGAAGCGCAGUAUGGCGAGACAUCACGCUCCAGAUGUGGUGAAGUGGUAUUAUCAGAGGUACCGCAGUGAAGCUGAGACACGUCCUACUGCACCGCUUCUGCUGGAGCUGGCCAAUGAGGUGGAUCUGUCUCCUGCUCUUCUGGCUCGUAUGAUUGUGGAGUGUUUCAUGGAGGAGCGUGAAGCUUCAGUCCCCUCCAGACACGUCAUCAACAACAUGUUACGGGAGCCGUGUUUCAUUCCAGAUCCACUGCUAGCAAAACAUGUGGAACAGUGCACAGUAAAUGACUGCUGUUACGGGCCGCUGGUGGACUGCAUCAAACAUGCCAUUGGUCUUGAACAUGAGGAGAUUCUUCGAGACGAGCUCAGAGAGAGAAAUCUGUCAUUUUUAGAUGAAAAUCAACUUCGUGCCAAAGGCUACGACAAAACCCCAGACAUUAUUCUGGAGGUGCCAAUAGCUGUUGAAGAUCAUAUCGUUCACUGGAUUGAAAGCAAAGCUUCAUUUGGGGACGACCACAGCCAUCACACUUACCUGAAUGAGCAGUUCUGGAGUUACUGCAACAGGUUUGGUCCAGGUCUGGUCAUCUACUGGUACGGUUUUAUAUCAGAACUGGACUGUCAGCGAGACCGAGGGAUUCUGCUGAAUGAUCGCUUUCCUUCUGACAUCACAACCCUGUGCCAGCGGGCGUCUCGGCUCUGACGCAGACCGAAGGUGCUAGUAAAGUUUUGGGCGGAGGGGCGUCGCGAGUGCCGUUUGUCGGUGGGGAUGUGAAUCCGGAAGCAAUUUGGCUUUCCUGCAGCGCGAGUCUACAGGCAAACAUCUGCUAUGAACUCCUGCUGAACUCCUGAGGGCCGGGGUCAGAAUAAUACCUCUGUGCCAAAACACCGCCGCCCCACGGCUCCUCGAAUCCUGCAGGAGCUCCAGGAGAGGAGACCGCAGGUAAUGAACGUCUCUGACAGCUGGGUCACUUCUAUAUCGGCACAGAUGUGAUGAUGAACAUUUAUUCCUUCUUUGUGUUUGUUUGAUGAUGUAUCUUUUAUUUGUUUGUUGGUGUAAUAAAGUUGAGUACUUUGCUUGAAGUUUGUAUUGUUUUUAUGAAAGUCUGUUGGAAGAAUGAACGUUUUCUUGCAGUCCUGGGCCAAACAGGCUCCAAACAUCAACUUAUUUCAGACUAAUAUGAGUUUAAUAGCAUCAAGAACUUAUAUUUCAUUCUGUAACUCACAGCCCGUCUGCAGCAGAGCGUUACCCGUCCCUGACCCCGCUCACCCGUCUAAACCCCGGAGCUCGGCUGUUAAAUCGCGGUAAAGUGUUGCAUGAUUUGUUACCCCUAACCCUACAAACAGACCUUGAUUCAGACAGGA